GUGUCCAUCUUAACGCUGCCUUUGGUAUCCUCUCGUUGUCCGGUUUUCGAAAAUAGCUAGCUAGGCUAUAGACUAUAUAGUAUAUACCGCAUGUUAUUUUUGUACAACAACAACUUCAGCUGUCGAACGUUAUAAGGUACAAAUUCAACAAGUACAACAUUAGCACGGACGUAUAGCCAAGUUGUGGUUAAGAAGGUGGAUUUUUGUUCCUUAUAUUUACCAGAAACGAAGUGAUCCGAACACACGACCCGGGACUUUGGGGGACUCCAGUGAGAACCGUCCUCGUUUUCCCAGUGUAAAGCUGCGAGCCAUUUGUCUCGUCUCUGUGGGCUUUUAUCACGCUUUGGCAGAACAAAAUACAACCUUUGUUUUCCCUAUUUCCAGUUGUGGUUAGCACAACCAAAAACAACACAGUUUUUCGGCAUUUUGGAGGCAGAAUGACGGGUUUAACCGGCGUAGGUCGACAGGUUAAAGAGUAAUGGCAACGGUUUGUUUUCAACGCCAGUCUGGUUGCUAUGGCUCGAAGAACCCGUAUGUAGCUCAGUUGCCCGGAUGUCGGCCCUCACCCAUAACACGAAAAAGGAUGGAGUCUUCCAUCCUAGGACUGAGAGCCUGAAAGUUCUGCCUGUUGGGGUGGGCCGAUCAAUCCAAACAUCGAUAGCAUCCAUACCAAAGCAGCUAUGUUUGCGGGACGGGCGUCGGUGGUAGGAGUUGCAGGGGGCUCGGGCGGCAAAGGUGCCAAGUUCUCUGUGGAAGAGCUGUACGGCUUCAACAAGAAGCCCAAGGCGAACAGAGUGCAUUGUGGGAAAGCGGACAGGGCCGACAGCAAGAAGGAGAGCAAAGAGAAGGAAGAAUCCGUACUGGCGUCUCACAUCCUGGAGGCAGCCAAGAGGGUGAUGGAGCGACGUAGGUUGGACGUCUACCUGAAGGAGUGUGAUAUCACCAUAGAGGAGAGUGGCAUGGCGUACAGGAAUCUUGGAAAAUCUGGACUCCGAGUGUCCUGCUUGGGACUAGGAACGUGGGUGACGUUCGGCUCUCAGAUCUCAGACGAGAUGGCGGAGAGUGUGAUGACGUUGGCGUACGACAACGGCGUCAACUUGUUUGACACGGCUGAAGUCUACGCCUCUGGCAGGGCUGAAACAACUUUGGGAAACAUCCUCAAGAAAAAAGAAUGGAGGAGGUCCAGCUACGUGGUGACCACAAAGAUCUACUGGGGAGGACACGCCGAGACAGAGCGAGGGUUGUCACGGAAACACAUUAUUGAAGGGUUGCGUGGUUCUCUCGCCAGGCUCCAGCUGGAAUACGUUGACAUAGUCUUCGCCAACAGAAGUGAUCUCAGCACACCCAUGGAGGAGGUGGUGCGAGCAAUGACUUUCGUGAUCGGUCAGGGCAUGGCGAUGUACUGGGGGACCUCACGCUGGAAUGCCGUGGAAAUCAUGGAAGCAUACUCCAUUGCUCGCCAGUUUAAUCUGGUUCCUCCGGUGUGUGAGCAGGCUGAGUAUCACUACUUCCAACGAGAAAAAGUAGAGUUACACCUGCCUGAACUCUAUCACAAGAUCGGUGUUGGAGCAAUGACAUGGUCACCAUUAGCAUGCGGAAUGCUAACAGGAAAAUACAACAAUGGCGUGCCCCAGGGCUCCAGAGCUGCCAUGAAGGGUUAUGCAUGGCUGAAGGAGCGUCUUUGCAGUGACGAAGGCAAACAGCAACUGAGUAAAGUCAAAGAGCUCCACCUGCUGGCUGACCGACUCAACUGCACCUCCGCUCAGCUGGCAAUCGCUUGGUGUUUGCGCAGCCAAGGCGUCAGUUCGGUUCUGCUUGGUGCUUCCAACACGGAUCAACUGCUGGAGAACCUCAACUCCAUCAGGGUUCUAUCACAGCUGACUCCACCUUUCAUCACAGAGAUAGAUUCGUUGCUUGGCAACAAGCCAAAAAAACCCAAGAAGGAGGCGAGAUGCUGAGCAGGAUUUAACGAUGGGGCUGAGAGUGUGAAGACAAAAGUGGCGACCCCCAAGUUUAUCAUGAACAUGCCACUUCCUUUCAGGUUGUUCAUCCUCAUCUCCAUGACAUCGUUUGACUUUUUUCAUCAACUUUUCAAAAUAACGUAAUGUUUUUGUAUUAUCACAAUGUCAAGUUUAUUAGUGACCUUCCUGAUCCCAUGUGUCCAUGUUGCUCACCUUACCUUGUGUGUAUGUGUAUGUGUAUGUGUAUGUGUAUGUGUAUGUGUGUGUGUUACAACUAGCCCACCCCUGCACAAAGAAAUACACACAUUUAAAGACCAACAAAAAAUGUGCCACUACGGAAACAACAUUUUUCCCCGACCUUACCUGGGGAUGGCAUGCCUUCAAAGGUUUUAUUGCCCCGCCUACUUUUUGUCAUACAACCAAUGUGAAUCAACUGACAUUAUUUAGAGCUAUUGGGGUAGGUAGGAGGUUCAAUAAACUAUUUUAAACUUGAAGUCUGAAUUGACCAGGCACAUUUUGCUUAUCAUAGAUAUCAUGUACACAAAUCUGAAAUGUACUUGUUAAAAUAAGAAUCAUCUAACAUUUCAGCUUUGGUAGGCAAGUUGUUUUGGUUUUUGUCGUUAAUCAAGCUGACAUGUUAGUUGAAUAUAUUUACAAUGAUGAAAUACCAAAUUAUUAUGGUCAGCCUAUCCCAUCUUAUAGUUUAUAGUCAUAUAAACAUCAAAAUCCUCAUUAUCAGGAGACUUGGAAAAAAGCAGGGUUUGUUAAAGAAAACCUGCCAGCGAGCAGAUUAGGUUCACAGAAAUUAUGAUAACUGCUCUGAGUUUCACUUAUCUCUCUUUUUUGGAAGAUAAAACACUGAAUUUCCUUAAUUUAAGGGAUUACGCACAUUUAAGAGUAUCAACUAAGCCUGCUUUCUGCAAUACUCCACAAAUAUUACCACUAGAGCUACUACAAAUUUUGGGUUUCAAUCCGAUACCGAGUAAAUGCAGGGCCAAAAUCGCUCAUAAAGAUAUCAAUCGAUCAAUUGUUUUUGCCUUGAUUUUUUUUAUCAUGAUUAUAAUCAGAGUAAAAUACAGUACUAAAAUGUUAGCAAACAUACCAUACACACAUACCAACAACUUUAUUGGUGAACAAUUUAACAAUAUGAUUGAUUGAUUGAUUGAUUGAUUUAAACUUUUAUUAGUAGAUUGCACAGUUCAGUACAUAUUCCGUACAAUUGACCACUAAAUGGUAACACCCGAAUAAGUUUUUCAACUUGUUUAAGUCGGGGUCCACGUAAAUCAAUUCAUAGUAUAUAUAUGAUAUAUAAAAAUAACGUGACAGUAUCAGUAAAAUAGUAUAAUUAUUGACUGUUAUAUUUGCUCAAGCAAAUGAAAAUAACCAGUGAUAAUAAAUAAACUAAAGCAAAAACUGUACUUCUCUUUACAAACUAAAUGGGACGGCGUGGCGAAGUUGGUAGAGUGGCCGUGUCAGCAAUCGGAGGGUUGCUGGUUACUGGGGUUCAAUCCCCACCUUCUACCAUCCUAGUCACGUCCGUUGUGUCCUUGGGCAAGACACUUCACCCUUGCUCCUGAUGGCUGCUGGUUAGCGCCUUGCAUGGCAGCUCCCGCCAUCAGUGUGUGAAUGUGUGUGUGAAUGGGUGAAUGUGGAAAUACUGUCAAAGCGCUUUGAGUACCUUGAAGGUAGAAAAGCGCUAUACAAGAAUAUAUUAGAAAUACUGUAUAUACAUUUGAACGCAACAAAAAUACAGAUAUUUGUGGAAAUAAUCUUACAAGAGAACUGAAUUACAUUACAUAAUCUCGUUACACUAAUCCUUUACUGAAGGUACCCUAGCAUUGUUUAAUUUGAAAUGUGGAACGGAUUGAUAUGCCCUCCCUUACUUUUACCACAACAGUAUUAUAUUGAUGACAUCGUUGACCAAGAUUGCUUCCAAAAAAAAUACAUCUAAG